AAGUAAAACCAUAGUCAGAUUGUUUCCUACGCGUCUUAAAUUUUAUCUUCCAGAAACGGCAUUUUGCUUUCUCUUUGAAUUUUGCGGAUCUUGUUAUUAUUUUUAUUCUUAUUUAAUAGAUUUAAUAUUUAAUAUUACUAUACUUUCCAUAAUUAUUAUUAUUUUGGGGACUGGGCUCAGUGAUCCUUAGAGAGGGGAAUCGGAAAUGCAGAACAUCCUCUCUCUGAUUCAUUCCUUGGGAUCUUGUUUCUUCUUAAUUGCUAUUAUUUGUUAUUCAGUUUAAACGAAAUUGAGUUCUCUGUAGCUAUGAGUUGUUUUUCGUGCUUUGUUUCUCGCCGGAAAGAUGUCAGGAGGGUUGAAAUUGACAAUGGCACUCGAUCUGCUACUGCUGCUUCCUCAGAGGGUGAAAGGAAGAGAGAAUCCUCAGAGGCAAAGGGGAAGAGUGUGAGUAGUGGUAAAGGAAGUACCGCAGCGGCUAGUUUUGGUUUCCGCGAACUCGCUGCGGCGACGAGGGGUUUCAAGGAAGUGAACUUAAUUGGGGAAGGUGGUUUUGGAAGGGUUUACAAGGGUCGACUUUCAACGGGCGAGCUUGUUGCCGUGAAACAAUUGAGCCAUGAUGGUCGACAAGGUUUUCAGGAAUUCGUGACGGAGGUUCUUAUGUUGAGCUUGCUGCACCAUUCUAAUCUUGUGAAGUUAAUUGGCUACUGCACGGAUGGAGAUCAGAGACUUUUGGUUUAUGAGUACAUGCCCAUGGGUUCACUGGAAGAUCAUCUUUUUGAUCCGACCCAAGACAAAGAACCCCUAAGUUGGAGUUCUCGAAUGAAGAUUGCUGUUGGAGCUGCUCGUGGCCUCGAGUAUCUCCAUUGUAAAGCAGAUCCACCUGUUAUUUACAGAGACUUGAAAUCUGCUAACAUCUUGUUAGAUAAUGAAUUCAACCCAAAACUAUCAGAUUUUGGGCUUGCUAAACUUGGACCUGUUGGAGACAAUACCCAUGUUUCAACCAGAGUGAUGGGAACAUAUGGCUACUGUGCACCUGAGUAUGCCAUGAGCGGCAAACUAACUCUUAAAUCUGAUAUCUACAGCUUUGGUGUGGUUUUGUUGGAGUUGAUCACUGGACGUAGAGCAAUAGAUACCAGUAGAAAGCCAGGAGAGCAAAACUUGGUUUCGUGGUCUCGUCCAUAUUUUAGUGACAGGAGAAAGUUUGUGCAUAUGGUUGACCCUCUUUUACAAGGCAACUUCCCCUUACGCUGUUUGCAUCAGGCAAUUGCUAUAACUGCCAUGUGUCUCCAGGAGCAACCAAAAUUCCGUCCACUUAUUGGUGAUAUUGUUGUUGCACUGGAAUACCUAGCUUCUCAGAGUAUUACUGAAGUGCAUAGACAUGGUGGGCGCAGCUCACCGCAACAACCAUCUUCGGAAAUGGACAGAAAUUAAUAUUCACAGGUAUCUGAUUCUAGCCUGCGUACAGAUUUCCUUAGCGGUUUGGUCAGCGUAAACUACCAACUUGGCUAUUUUAAGUGUCGUAUUAUUGCUUGAAUGAACUUAUUUGGCAUAGCAGUAGUAAAGAUAAACUUGGUGAUAUAGCAGUAGUGAACAUGUGAAUGUAUUUAAUUAGAAUGCAUAUGAUUUGUUGUUGUUUAGGCUUAAACAUGCUCGAGUCACCUCUGACACGCAUCUUGUCUUUUCAACCAAUUGAGAAAGGGUGGAGGUGAAGAGUGUUUUUACUUGUUGCUUUUGGUGUUUGAUCUAGCGAGAUUGGCUGGUGGUGGAGGUAUAAAAUGAAGGGUAUUUAUUUAUUUACUUAUUAUAUAUUUCAGUUGAGAGAGAGAGAGAGAGAGGGAAUAUUAAUGCUUCCAAAUGCGUUCUUCUUUAUUCUUUGGUGUUGUUUAAGUAUAUAGAUUAGCGAGAGGAUGGACGCAGCUUGUACAUAUGUUGGUCUAUGACGAAAUAGUCUUGUAUCGGUCUUUAGAGUAUUCUUGCACUAUGAUCCUUCAUUCUGUCUGUUGUGAAAGAACAGCUAGUUUGUUUCUCCACUUGUAUUUCUAAAAGUGCACCAUUUUGUUAUAAUGGACAAGGAAUUACCCAACUGACUUUUAUAAAUUUUAAAACUA